GGAGCGCACAGCUGAGCGGACCGUCCGCAGAACCUCUGCGCCCAUCUUCGCGUCCCUAACAACCACCCGGCCUUUCGGCUAUAAAAUAAUUUCUUUCCAACUUCAGCUACAGUGAUAGCUAAGUUUGGAGAGGAGGAAAGGGGAGAAACGCCGUGUCUUCUUUGCGUUUGUGUUGUUUUUGUUGUGUCAGUUAGUGCAGAGGCUGCGGGGGUCGACCUGCUUUUGCAUUACAAAAGGGGAUCUGGCAGAAGCGAGAGAAAACAUUUUUAAAAAAAAAGACAUAUUCGGCGGGUUGUUUUCACCUGGAGAGCUGCAAAAUGGAUAACCCUGGAGCUAAAAAGACGUGCUGCGAAUCCAUCCGAGACUUCUUCACCUCGGCGAAAUUUCUCAUCUACAUGGGCCACGCUCUGUCAACAUGGGGUGACCGAAUGUGGAACUUUGCUGUAGCGGUUUUCCUGGUGGAGCUGUACGGGAACAGCCUGCUGCUCACGGCCGUGUACGGGCUGGUGGUGGCUGGCUCGGUGCUCCUGCUGGGGGCCAUCAUUGGGGACUGGGUGGACAGAAACCCUAGGCUUAAAGUGGCCCAGACUUCACUGCUCGUCCAGAACAGUUGCGUCAUCGUGUGUGGGAUCCUCCUGAUGCUUGUUUUCCAUUUCAAAGAACAGCUCGCGGACCUCUACAAUGGAUGGAUUCUGACAAGCUGCUACAUUCUGGUCAUCACCAUUGCCAACAUCGCCAACCUUGCCAGCACGGCUAUGUCCAUCACCAUCCAGAGGGACUGGGUGGUGGUUGUAGCAGGUCAGGAUAGCAGCAAGUUGGCAGAUAUGAAUGCCACAGUGCGGAUUAUUGACCAGCUGACCAACAUCCUGGCUCCCAUGUUAGUGGGGCAGAUCAUGGCCUUUGGUUCUCAUUUCAUUGGCUGUGGCUUCAUCUCUGGCUGGAACCUGUGCUCCAUGUGUGUGGAGUACGCGCUGCUGUGGAAGGUCUACCAGAAGACGCCCGCACUGGCUGUGAAAGCGGGACAAAAGGAGCAGCAGCAGGAGCUCAAACAGCUCAGCCCCACAAAAGAUUUGGAGAAUGGCCAGAGUCCUGAGGAGUCAUCUCAGCCACUCAUGAAUGAAACGUCUGUUGUUGCCAAGUCUGACUCUCCCAAAAAGCACAGCUGUUGCUACCAGAUGACUGAACCCCUGCGCACCUUGAAGGCCGGCUGGGUGGCCUACUACAACCAGAACAUCUUCUUUGCCGGCAUGUCCCUGGCCUUCCUCUACAUGACGGUGCUGGGCUUCGACUGCAUCACCACGGGGUACGCCUACACGCAGGGCCUCAACGGCUCGGUGCUCAGCCUACUGAUGGGAGCCUCGGCCAUCUCGGGCAUCUGCGGCACCGUCGCCUUCACUUGGGUUCGCAAGAAAUGUGGCCUGAUCCGCACUGGCUUCAUCUCAGGCAUGGCCCAGCUCUCCUGCCUCAUGCUGUGCGUCAUCUCCGUCUUCGCUCCUGGAAGCCCCUUUGACCUCAGCGUCUCGCCAUUCCAGGACCUUUACACCCACCUGAUUGGAGAGACAACCCUGCCUGAAGCAGUCCACAGCCUCACCAGUUUAAACACCACUACGCCUACUACUGCCGCACCAACCGAAGAGAUGCCACCUCUGCAGUCCUACAUGUCUGUCAGUCUGCUGUUUGCUGGUGUCAUUGCUGCUAGAGUUGGUCUGUGGUCUUUUGACCUGACAGUGACCCAACUCAUCCAGGAGAAUGUGAUUGAGUCAGAGCGAGGUGUGAUCAACGGCGUCCAGAACUCCAUGAAUUACCUCUUAGACCUUCUGCACUUCAUCAUGGUGAUUCUGGCUCCAAACCCAGAAGCCUUUGGCCUUCUGGUCAUCAUCUCUGUCUCCUUCGUGGCCAUGGGCCACAUGAUGUACUUUCGGUUUGCCUUCAGAAGCCUGGGCAGCCGUCUCUUCCUCUGCUGCUCACCGGAGCAGAAGGUGGAGGCGGUUGACAGUCCCUCACUUCCUACCACCGUCUAAUCCCAUUAAAGAGACUCUGUCCUGGGUACAUACUUUUAAAGCCUUACCCAAGCCCUGCAUCUUAUUUAUCUCAUUAACAUCUUAGCUUGUAGCUGGCAGAAUGCUAACGUAAAGUGUAGACAACAUGCUGUCUGUAGCUAUUACCCAUUAGCAGUAAGAAAUGAGUAGAAAGUGUUAGAAAGCAGUGAAACAUUAGAUAAUGCAGGGGUUUCUGUAGCGUUUUCAGUCUGGGAGUCAGAUGAGUGCCUCAGCCUUACAUCUAUGGAUCCACGCUCCUUAAAACAUGCACGUACUGCCCAACAGGGAUCCAUCCCUUCUAGGCCUGCAACUGCAUUCUGGGUGGUGUUGGAGAAAUCAGGGGACAGCGCACUGUAAGAUAUCCUCCUUCUAACACCCUGGAUGUAGCUGUAUAGAUUUUUAAAAGGUGCUUCAGCUAAAAAAAAAAAGGGCAAAAUCUUGCAGAGGAAGCCGCGAUCCUGACAGUCAGGACGCCGCUCAGCUCGCCUCACAGUUUGGGUUCGUUGGUGCCAUCGCUGUGUCCGCUCGCUGUUCUCUCGUAGACUUCUUUUGGUUGUGUCAGCUUACGUAUAUACGUGUAUGUUAAGCAGGUUGUGGUUACUUUUUAUUUAACCAAACAGGAAACUGGGAUCUAGUCUCUUUAAUGUGUGGUGUUAAGCAUUUAACUGUAUUUAUUCAGGAAAUGCAGGCAGUGGUUUUUGUAAUGACUGUAUCAUCAGUAUUGUGUGCUUGUAGUUGUGCCAUAUGAAACACAGAAAUCCUAUGCACCCUUAUCAAUAACUCACAGUUACCAAAGUUAAAGUCCUUAUAUGGCAUAAAAGGAAGUGAGGGAAGCCAGCUUUUGUCUGUCUAAGCAUUCCAAAUAUACAGAAGAUUUUUACGUCCGGUGCAAACCUUCGUGGAUCUGAACCCACUUGGAGAUUGUAUCUAAUUUUUGUUUUUCUGGUAGAUUGCAAUUAUCAUAUGAAGGUGUGUUAGGGCCAUUGUAGGAUUAAAAAAAAAAACAUUUUGACAACAAGUAAACGGUACAAUUUUGUGAAAAAUAAACUCCAAGAUUUAAACGAUGUAAAAUCAUGAAAAAACAAACUUGGAUGUCCCCUGAAAUGUGAAUAUUUUUUAAAUCAUUUAUGAUGGAAAAAAAAGAAACUUUGAGAUUGUGUGAGAUCACAGAAAAAAAUCAAUAUUAAAUUAAAGCUGGAAAUUUAUGAAACAAAUUCAAAUAAUCUGAGAUUAAUACAAUUUUUAAGAAAAAUCCCCCAAUUUCUCUACAAAAGCCACAAAUAUAGGUAAAAAAAAAAAAAUCAAUGUUCUCAGAAAUAAAAAGAGUAUAUUUGUAAGAAAUUAACUUUUUUCAGGGAAAAAAAAAAGUUCACUAAAAUUUGAGUCAUAAAUUUGUGAGAAGAAACUGAGAUUAAAAUCGCAAAUUUACCAGAAAAAAAGAGGAAACAAUUUGAUUUUCUAAAAUUAAAUUCAUUAGAAACAUUUAUAAGAAAAAAUAUAAUUUGAGAUUAUAAAGUCAUAAAUUUAUGAGGGGAAACUCAUACUUUUUUGAAAUAACCUUCUCUGAAAAAAGUAGAUUUAUGAGAGAAAAAUCCCAGAAUAAUGUCUAAGAAUAAAAAUUCUGAAAUUUGUGAGAAAAAAAAAUCUGAAAUUAAAGUAGUAAAAUUAGGAAAAAAUUCAGACUUUAAAAACUUACAGAAUAUUAGGAUACACAAUGUUUUUGUAUUUACCACUUGUUAGAGGAUAUCCAAGUUUUUAUCCAAAAAAAUCACAAAAUUCUGAGGUUUUUUUUCUAUAUUUUUUAUAUUUGUAAAGUUUUUCCUCAGAAUAUCAUCCACACCUUCACUCUUUAAAUUUUUAAUACCUUGAACGGCUCUAGCAUGGCGUCAUAGUAACACCUUUAGUCACCUUUUUGAUUUUCAUGUUCUCUGGAGUGAUUUUUCCAGUCGUGAUUGUAACUCAGGCACUUUACUGUCUUUUCGCCUAAUGCGUGAUCAGGCAUUAGUUCGAUAUGUUUUUGCACAAAGCUGAAGUCCCGACUUCCCUGAAACCCUCCCCGCCGCGCACAGUAAUGUUUUGCCUCUUCAGAUGUCAUUGUUGGGGUGGGGCGGGGGGGCGGCACAUAUUGCAACACUCAGCACCACCACAUGGUCAUGAGGAAAAAAAAAAAAACUGCUCGAGUUCCUGUGAAAAUAGCCUCAGCUUACCUCAGGCGCCCCCCCCCCCCCCCCCUGUUUCCUCAAAAAGCUACUCAGGGAUCUGAGUCAGCAGUUCUUAUCUGAAAAUCACUUCAUGGCACCAAGACCCUGAACCUUCACCCAGCUGGGGUUUUGGCUGGUUGUGCUGACAUCUUCACAGGUUUUUGGCUGUCCUGUGUGCUGUUUUUUCCCCCAUCGAGUGAUUUAACAGAUUAAAUGUUGUCUUUGUAAACGAAUGUUUCCAGAAGCAGUUUAAAAUCACAGACCGUUACAGAAUUACUAUAACAGAUCAGCAUCUAUGUAAAGAGUAUAGCAGGAAAACCCAGAGGUGCAUUUUGUUCCCUGUAGAGUCAAGUGCUCAGGCGAAUAAUGUGUUCGCUCGCUUACCUUGUGCAUUUUUACCUGCAUCCGUUCCACCUCUGAACCUCAGAAAUUUCACACUCCUUUAUGCAAACUAGCCUCGCCAGCUGUUUUCAUGGAGACUAGCCGGUCCUCCACGUGAAAAGGUUAGCCAUAAUCCCAGCCGCAGAGGGGAGACCUGUUUGGGUUGGAGAGCGAGCUAACCGCACCAGGUGUAGGAGAACAGAGGACCAUUUUAUAGGUCCCGUGAAACAGGACGGAGGAGCUUUAUUUUCAUAUUCCACCGGCUUCACAUUCAGUCUGCACACAGGAACAAAAGCAGCACUCAGAACACAUCAGUCUGCUGAUUCAGGAAUACCACACAUGGCCAUAAAUGCUCAAUUUUUUAAUGUAAAUAUAUGCAGCUGUGAGUCAAUAUAAACUUACUUUAAUGUACAAUUGGAAAACAAAAAAAACUGAGUGUAUACUGUUGUUGUGCUGUUUGGAAACGUUUUUUUUUUUUUUUUUACAUUUUUAUAUAUCCAGUGUCAACACUUUGUGAUUCUUAUUGAAAUUUGCGUGUUAUAUUGCUUUAAUCUCUUUCUACACACACAUAUAAACUCUAUAUAUCAGUGUUAUUGUAGUUUGAUAGAAUAAAAGCGUGAAAUCAUAAAGAAAUCCUUUUUGUGUAAUAAUCACACUCCACUCAAUAUCAGGAGGCUGGUACUGGUUGUAUUGCAUGAGGUGUCUUAAAUAAAGAAAACCUUUACAAUCA